CCUCCAACCGCACAAACUCACAGGGCAGAUAAGGCAGCAACAAACACAUUACACAACGGGUUACUGAGAACUGGCCUGAUUCUGGUUCCUCCACAUACAAGUCAGUUCCAUACGGAAUAAAGAUAAAGAGGGAAGAGAACAACAGAAAGGGCUUUGUUGAAAAUCCAGAAGUUCUGAAGAAUCCCAUCUAAAGAAUGAAGAAGAUCCAAGUACAUCCAAGUGAUAAAACCACCGUCAGUAAGAAAAUGACUGCCCUGAGCACAAAGCAGAGAAUGUUCUCUAGAUCCUACAGCGCAGUGACACCUUUUGUCUGUACAAAGUGUGAGAGACGAUUCCGUAGCAACGAGGAACUUCUCUCCCACAAACGGAUUCAUACCGGGAGGCCAUUUGUCUGUGCUGUUUGUGGGAAAUGCUUCUCACACAGAAUCAUCCUCCAAGCGCACCAGUGGCUUCAUACUGGGGAGAAACCAUUCCCCUGCACUCAGUGUAAUGAGAGCUUUCUGUACAAAAGGGGCCUUCACCAACAUCAGCAAAUCCACCAGAAGGGGAAACCAUAUGUCUGUUCUACGUGUGGGAAAACAUUAGCAUCCAUACACAGUCUUGCUCAGCACAUGCUAAUUCAUGCAAAUGUAAAACCUUAUUCCUGCUCUGAGUGUGGGAUUCACUUCCGACUGAAGGGAUCUCUUAUUAGGCACCAGGGGAUCCACACUGGAGUCAAACCGUAUCAUUGUACUCAGUUUAGAAAACGCUUUUCCCAUAAGGAAGAACUGAAACUGCACUGUCAGAGUCACACAGGAGAGAAACCAUUUGUGUGUCCUGAUUGUGGAAAGGGAUUUUCAUUAGGAAGCCUUCUCCUGUCCCACCAGUCUGUUCACUCAGGGGAGAAACCAUUUUCCUGCUCAGAGUGUGGCAAAUCAUUUAGAUUAGAGUCAGAUCUUUGGAUCCAUCGGAUGAUCCACACUGGGGUGAAACCAUAUGUUUGUCCUCACUGUGGGAAAGACUUUAUUCAGAAAGGAGUUUUUACGAACCACUGUCGAACCCACACAGGGGAGAAACCUUUUGUUUGUUCUGAAUGUGGAAAAAGAUUUUCAUUAAAAUGCCAUCUCCGUAGUCACCAAUUGAUUCACACAGGGGAGAAACCUUAUGCUUGUUCAGAGUGUGAUAAAUCAUAUAGAAUAAAAUCACGUCUUAAAAUCCACCAACGUGUUCACACGGGAGAGAAACCUUAUGCUUGUUCAGAGUGUGAUACAUCAUUUAGAUUAAGGGUAGGUCUUCAACUCCACCAACGUAUCCAUACGGGAGAGAAACCACUGGAAUGUAAAGAGUGCGGGAAAUGUUUCCGGAGAAGAGAAACUUUAAAAAGACAUCAGCUAACCCACACUGGGAUGAAAUCUUUUCAGUGUUCUGAGUGUGGAAAGCAAUUCAGUCGCAAGGACAGACUAAGUCAGCACCAGUUAAUUCACACCGGGGAGAAACCAUUUGAAUGUGCCACGUGUGGGAGACGGUUCAGACAGAAAUGUAACCUGAAUAAGCACCAGUUAGUCCACACUGGGGAGAAACCCUAUGUCUGCACUGAGUGUGGAAUGGGCUACAAGGAUAAGAGGUACCUGGUGGCUCAUCUUCGGACUCACACAGGAGAGGCAGGUAUUCCUUGUACUGAGUGUGGGAAAACCUUCCUGUCAGAGAAAAACCUCCACAUGCAGAUACACACUGGGGUGAAGCCUUUUGCCUGCAAAGAGUGUGGGAAAUCUUUCUCACAUUUUGACUAAUGCAUGCUGGGAUAAAGCCCUUUGAAAGUACCGAGUGUGGGAAACAGUUCCUGCAAAAGUGGCUUUUCAAAAAUCACCAGUUUAUUCACACUGGGGAGAACCCCUUUGCCUGCACUGAGUGAGGGAAAAGUUACAGAACCAAGUUUGUUCUUGUUAAUCACCUUCAACUUCUCACAGGAGAGAAACCAUUUGCAUGCACAGAGUGUAGAAAGCCACCAGCUAACUCACACAGGGGAGAAACCUCACGUCUGUACUGAGUGUGGAACAGGCUUUAGAGCUGGAAGCUACCUACUCAUCUUCUCAUUCACACAGGUGAGGAGCCAUUUAUAUGUGAAGAGUGUUGGAAAUGCUUUGGUACAAAUCAGAACCUUCAUAUCCACAAAUGGACUUACACAGGGGAAAAACAUUUUGCCUGUGGGGAAUGUGGGAAAUGCUUCUCACAGAAGUGGAAUCUAUUCAGACAUCGGAGGGUUCACUCUGGCGAAGGAGUGUGGGAAAUGCUACAAGCACAAAGAGCACCUGAAGUCCCAUCAGCAGAUCCACACCGGGGAGAAACCAUACACAACAAAUGAUGCAGAAUCUCAUGGCAGUAAUCAAAAAGAGCCACCAAUUGUGACUAGAGAAAUGUCCGCUGCCUAUUGGGCAAUGGAACACAGGCUGUUAUCCAUUUGGUUUCACCCUUUCUUAUCACAUUAUGAAAUGGGACAUUGACUUGGUGUUUAAGAAAUGUUUUUGUGUUUUUGACUGUUAUGACAUUUCCCCAUAAGUGACCCGCUGAGGCACAGUGACAUCUUAUUCCGUUAGGGUCACACCCUCUGAGAUACUGAGUGUUGGACAUUGGCAAAAACCGGGGAACGAGGGAGUAAGAAUAGAAAGAAGACGGACUUUCCUGGAUGGACAUCUGGGACCUCCGAGGAAAAGACUUGAGAGAAACUGGUAACGACCCUCAGUGCCACCUUGCUCAUUAACCUUCAUUAAGACUUUAAUAGUAUCGUUGGCAUAUUUAAUUUCAACUGCAGUGACAUUUUUUU